AACAUCGAAGGUCCUGCGGCCCUCGUGCACGUGACUGAUCACGUGGUCAUGACUUCACCGCAGGUCCUUUAGCUGUGUAAUGUGCAGCUUCUCCCCUUUGUUUUUCAAUGUCGCUUCCUGUUGGGCUGCAGUCACAUUAGAUAGUAUCUUUUCCAUGGUGAAAUGCGUUAGCUCCUGCAGUGAGAGGCUCGGGUCUGUAUCCAGUCAUCACAGACGUCUGCAGCCAGCCUGGUAAAUCGAUUGAAGUUGAGAUGAGCAAGGACCUGGUGAAUGUAAACGGUGAGCUCUUAACAUACAGCCUGGAGAUUAUCUGUCUGCUGACCGGAGAGGUUCUUAGUGGAUCCUGUCCAAUUUCCUUCAUUUAGGAUUAUACAAUUGUGAAGAAACAUGGAGAAUCAGUUACUAAGCGUGACCCUCCUGCAUCAGAAAUGUCUUCUACCAGCAUGAUAAUACCACAAAUAAACCUUGACCACCAGAUAAUAAAAAAUAUGCAGAAUUUAGCCAACAAAAUAAUUCAAGUAAUUAAAGAAGAGUUCUCUGGAACUUCAGGUUUAGAAGGCAGUUGUGAGGGCAACAACUCUCAUGAGGAUAAUGGCCAGAUCUCGGAGCAUUUGAAUAAUUUAGUGAAUUUGGUGAACAAGAUGACCAAAGACAAGAGUCAAGUGAUGGCAAAGAUCUCAAAUCAUGCUCUGGAACUUAUCUACCUUCUGAUUGGAGAGGAUUAUAUUGUUGUAAAAAAGUAUAAUGAUGCUACAACAGAUAGCAGUAUGUCCAAUUCGUCGGAAGAAGAUCCUAACUCGGUGAUAUGUGUGAAAAACAAAGCAAAGAAGGUCUUGCUACUUGCCAAUAAAAUAAUAAAAAUUCUGACUGAUCGGAUGCCUAUAAAACAUGAAGAUAUUGAAGUAUAUUCUACCAUGGAAGAGUAUUUAAAAGGAUAUAGAGAGUUUUUUAGGGACGUGGUAAUGGACAGUGAUCAAAGCCAACAGCCACCUGAUAAUCAGUCGAACAUCAGAAAUAGUCUUGAUGAAUGUAGCAUGGAGUCCACAAGUGUACACUCUGUUAAAGAAGAAAGCACAUCUCUCACACCUGAUCUUAAUGCAAAUUUGGCAACGCAAGCUAAAGUAAGCAAGAGGAAGAGUAAGCCUGUGAGACUCUGUGAGUUUCCUCAGCGGAAAGACAAAAAUGUUCCUUUUUUUACAAUGAAUAAACAGGAGAUUUCUUAUGACCCAUCACUUACCAAUGAUAAUAAGCAAAUGGACUCUAACCUGCAGAAAGAUAAUGCAAAUGUUACCUCAAAUAAUGACUCCUUUGAUAACUCCUACAAAGAAGUUAAUGGUUCGUCAGAGCCUUCAUCUCAUGAGCAUAAACUAAUGACAGGUGUCAUGAAAGCCAUGGUGAAAGAGGAGGACACAGGAGGCUUCUCUGAAGAUGGUGAAAUCGGGCAAUCCGAGUUCUGUGUAAAUCCUACACAAGGGAAGCCAUAUGUAUGUGUCCUUUGUGGAAAAAACUUUACAAAAAAGUCCCACCUUGUAACACAUCGUCGAGUUCACACUGGAGAAAAACCAUAUGCCUGUCACGAUUGUGGAAAACGCUUUACUAGCAACUCAACGCUUGUUGACCAUCAGAGAAUUCACAGAGGAGAGAAACCUUUUGUAUGUCCGGAUUGUGGGAAAAGCUUCACAAAGAACUCCAAUCUCAUUGACCAUCAGAGAACUCACACUGGAGAAAAACCUUUUGCCUGCACAACAUGUGGAAAAAGCUUUGCCAGAAGCUCAAACCUAGUGGAGCACCAGAAAAUACAUACGGGAGAGAAAUCAUUUAUAUGUUCUGAAUGUGGGAAAGGUUUCUCCAGGAGUUCAAGUCUUGCUGAACACCAGAAAAUUCAUACAGGAGGAGAGUCUUAUAUAUGUUCAGAAUGUGGACAGUGUUUUACUAAGAACUCCAGUUUGGUUAGACACCAGAGCAUCCACACGGGAGAGAAGCCAUUUAUAUGUUCUGAGUGUGGGAAAAGCUUCUCAAACAGCUCAAAUCUUGUCAGACAUCAGAUAACACACACAGGAGAGAAACCCUUUACCUGUCCCAUUUGUGGUCGGAAUUUCAACCAGAACUCCAAUCUUAUUUCUCAUCAGAAAACUCAUAGAGAGAAAGCAGCAGAAAUAAACUGAACUGAUAUAAAAAUCUACACAGUAUUAUAAAUCUGAUUUUUUUAAUUACGGUUAAACAAGUAUUUUAUUUAAAAUGUAUUGGUGUAAUAUAAACAGUGUAAUAUCUUGAGAUAGGGUUGAAACCUCUUUACUUUUCCACGUUACUUUCCAAUAAGAUGUUAAACGCUCACAUCUGAGCAAAUAUCACAAGUACUGAAAUCAGUCAAGUUAGCUUGUGUAUAAUCACGUUGUUAGAUGUGUGUUUGUCUUGUCUUUGCUUAUAAUGGUAGCAUGUCAAACAGCUCCGAUUUUUUCUAUUUAUUCUGGCAGUCUGGCUUGAUGUAGGGAUAAUCUACCGCCACUGUGGCAGGUGGUGAAUGUAGAAACACUCUUGGCAUGUUCUCAGGGAUUAUGAAAUAAUGAAUAAUAACAUAAUAAUAAUAUAACAGGGGGAUAAUUAUGAGACUGUAUUAGUAAUUGUGUAUAUCUUGAGUAGUAGUAUACAAUGAUGUUCAGGGUUAGACAGUAUGGGAUUAAAUUAUUUUAGUGUAGGUGAUUUACUAAAAUUGAUCGAUUAACAUUUCCAGGAUAUAAACAUGUACACAUAAAAUAGUGUAUAUCAAGGUUUAUUAGAUACUAAUACAACACUUAUAGAGAGGGUACUGGAUCCUAGUAGUCCUCUCCAUAUAAUGUAAAUAAAAAACAAUUAAGAAACAAUAAUGAUAGAUGUAGCCCCUAAAAAUUCACCUACUAAGAAAUGUCUCCCUAUUGGAGAUCACAGGCCUGCAGUCCAGGAAUAGAUAAAGAGAAGAAAAGCAAGCUCUGUUAAUAUUAGUUGUAUCUAAUAGAUGUCUUCAAAUACAACAGUACUGGACGUCAAGGGAGCACUAGAAAAUACAGCCUGAUGUCCACUUGCACUGUAACAGAGCGCUGAUGAUCGUAGGUUUCUGCAGCGCUGGAAUACACAGUUUGGUGCCCACCAAUAAAGCGCUUUGAAAUAGCGCUAGUGUAAUAAGAUAGAUAGCGACACGACGGCUGCAGUAUAAAGUUACAGGUACACAGUACCACUCACCCAACCUCUUAUCCGUGCAGGGAGGUGGGAUAGCGUCCUUUUUCAGGAAUCCUGGUACUCGGCGUUGCUCAAACUUUAGGUGGCGAAGUCUGCCCGCCGACAGACAAGCUACCCAGGUGAGUGAAGCCUCUUCUCAGAAUGUUGUGAAUCCACGUGGAGGAGCACGCGCUCCGGUAAUGCACUGUAUAGCUGCUGGUGAUGAUACAGUCAAUAAAUGUUUUCUUGGUCUGUAGCUGCAAUGGACGGUGACUGAUGGUAGUUAGGUUGUCUUAGUAGGAUAGAUCAAACUCAUUUAGGACCCUCUGGGGUCUUGGAUUAAUAACUCCAUAUUUAUAGGGAAAUGGGAAACAAAUAAAACACGGUAAAUCCUGGACAUGGAUGUCA